UUUUUAUCGGCCGUGUUUGGGGAGUGCUCUCGCUGUGUUUUGGCGUCUUGGCGGUUCGGGUUGGACGUUUUCUUGUAAGACGAUGUCAAUUGAUGGACAAUGUAAUAUACUUCAGUCGUUAAGAAGCCACACCAGUGAUGUUACUAGCUGUGAUUUCGCCCCUAACUUUACUUUGGUAACAGGAUCAAGUGAUAAAACUGUAAGAAUAUGGGACUGGAUACCGGGCUCUGGAUAUGUACAGAGGUCAAAUUCUCCGUUAAAGGGCCACAAGUACCAAGUAACAUGUGUUCGAGUAUCUCCUCAAGGUUCUAUGCUGGCGAGUUCUUCGGUAGAUGGAACUGCAGUUCUAUGGAAUCUUCAUUCAAGCGCAAGGCUGUAUACAAUGACUCAGGUCAAUGGAGAUGCCAUCAGAGUGUGCAGGUUUUCACCAGAUAGUGCCAUUUUGGUGACUGCUGGUGAUAAUGGUGCUGUUUGUGUAUGGGACUUAGUUCAUAGGAGCCUAAUAAAGACUUUAUUUGAGCAUGAAGGUACAACUCAGUCUUUAGCCUUUACUCCAGAUUCCCAAUAUUUAGUUACGGCAUGUUCUUUAGAGGUUGUAAAGGUUUGGUAUGUGCAAGACCUGGUGGACACCACAACAGACACAACUUAUAACCCAGUGGCUAGGAUCGACAAUGCCCAUGACAUGGGAGUAUUUUGUACAGACAUAUCUAAACAUAUCACAUUUGAUGAAAAUAACCCCUUAAUCCGCUACUACAAACUAGCGACGAGCGGGAAUAACAACGAAAUAAAAAUAUGGACAAUCACAUCCAAAACUGUUCCAAAACAUAAAAAUGCUUACAGCCACGAAGUAGUGAUAGAGCCUUAUGAAGUUUACGAUGGUCACAGUUCCUCCAUUACUUGUAUAAGAUAUAGCAAUAAUGGUGCCUAUUUAGUGUCGUCGAGUUUAGAUAAGUUGGUGAAGAUUUGGGACAAAGAUGGUGCCUGUAUAGCGACUUUGCAAGGUCAUAAUAGAUAUGUUAAUUGUGUAGCAGUUUCAAAAGAUUCAUCUCUAAUCGCUUCAGGUUCUACAGGUUCCAACGACAAGCUAAUUUUAAUUUGGGCCUUGACGGGCAAUUUAUCCCUAGAAUCGGAACUAUUUCAUCAAAGCAUAUCGUUAACGAAUGUAAGUGGAAUUCCCGAAUCACAGUUAACAGAAAACGACAAUGCGAAUGGUGUUACAUUGCUAGAGAAAAUUGACGAUAUUGCUGAAGGGGCCAUAAAUAGUUGUUGUUUUUUCAAUAAAAAUUUGUUAGCUACGGGAUCAGGCGAUAAACUAGUACGGCUGUUUAAAGUUGGCGAAGAAAAUAAUAAUAUUGAAGAACUAGAUUAUUCACCUUUAGAAGGUCACACUUAUGUAAUAAAUCACGUAGAGUUUUCAAAAGAUGGAAGUAUGAUAGCAUCCUGUUCAUUAGAUGGGUGUACUACUAUUUGGAAUACAUCACAGUCAGAAUCACUGCAGUUGGAUGAAUUGGAAAUUAAACUGUGGCGAUCGCUGCAAGGUCACGGCGGAAAUGUCCUAAGCGUAAAAUUUUCACAAGUCGUUAGUGAAUUUGUGUGUUCAACCGCCACCGAUCGACAGGCAAGAAUUUGGUCUGUGUACAGCGCCGACUGUUUGUAUGUCCUCGAUCACGAUUCGAUAGUAAUUAGCUGUUCUUUCAAUUCAGAUUGUUCCUUAUUAGCUACAGGGUGUUUGGACAAGACUUUGUAUCUUUGGAAGUUGCCUUUGCAGAUGGUAUUUCAAACAGCUGUUGCCAGCAAAAUUCACUGCAGAUCUAAAACGCUUGCCGAAUGGACUACUUCUGAUGUAAUUAAGUGGUUGAAAGAUAUCGGAAUGAAAGACAUAACUAAAAAUGUUCAGAACACCUCGCUUGAUGGCAAAAAGUUGCUAACGCUUUCUGAAGAAAUAAUUUGUGCCGGAUUAGACUUAGAUGAUGAAAAGACCGAUAAAAUGAUAAAUGAAAUAAAAUGGUUAAAGAAGAGUGAGACCCAAAUGGAAGGGCCGCAAAGUUUACAUAUCCCUGAUGAAUAUUUGUGUCCCAUCACCCACGAAAUUAUGAGGGAACCUGUAACUUGCAGUGACGGAUUCACUUACGAGAAACAUGCCAUAGCAGAAUGGUUUAUGUCGGGCAAACUCACAAGUCCAAUGACCAACGAAGUUCUUUCUAACACUGACUAUGUUUAUAAUCUGGACCUAAGAAAUACAAUUCAUAAGUUUUUAGAUUCGGGGGAAUCUAAUGACGCUGAAGAUGAAUCUUAGAACCAGAAUCUUCACGUAUCAAAAAAGUAAUAAAAGUAGACAAGCAUAUUGGUAUAUAUUCUUCUAUUCCUUGACUAAAUUAAACUGGAUUUUAUAGUGAUGUAAUCAGUAAUUAAGAGGUUUGAGUUGUGGUACACUACAAUCGCACAAAAAGUCACAAAUAAAUUCGGUCAAUUAUUGUUCUGUAGAAAAGUACCUCUUUUUAGUUAUAAAUUAAUUAUAAAAUGUUUUCUUCAUCUUUUUUUUUCAUAUCAUUUUAUAAAGUCCACUUUUAAAUUGUACAUACUAUGAACAAUUGGUGGCUAUUAUUUGAAAUUUAAUCCUAGUUUUAUGAGAUGAUAAUAUUAAAAAUACAGUGCAACCUCUUUAAUCCGAACACCACAUUGCCAGGCAUUGUUUGUAUUGUCGAAUCGUUCGGAUUAUCGAACAUACUAUAAAGAUUUGUACAUAUGUAUAUUAUGUAAGAACAUACCCAUUUUAUUAUAACAAUAUAAAUAUAAAUCA